AUGCAGUUCGCGCAGCCCACCAGGGGAUACUACCUUAAUCGCGCCGACGAUCGUCGGUCCUCUUCUCCCUCCUCCAGCGGCAGCUCGUCGGGGCCGCGCACACCCCAGACGUAUUACCACUCCCGCAUUAUCCCGCUGCCGCCGGUGACGCCACACCACACAUUCGUACAACUUCCUCUUUCCCCGCCACCUUCUCCUGUCUGUGUAACGCCGCAGGUAGAGAUUUCGCGAUUCUUCGAAGCAAAGCCGGGGCAGCCUUCUCGCAUUAAGUGGAACAUUACCCAGGAUCCGAGGAAGUACGCGUUCGACCGCAAAUACGGCAGGCCGUUGUCGCCUGAGCAGCUCGCGGAGCCUGCUACUAUGCCAUCAUACCCCUUAUUGGCCAUCUCCAUUGCCGACCUUGAAUACCCUUUCACCAUCGAUGUCAGCGCAUCGACCCCUUACUCAGAGGUGACGGUCGAGAACGUAUUGAUGGCUAUCUACAACGAUGUGCGCCGGCGUGUGUCGUCGAGAGAACUAAAGGAGGUGGGGUUGGAUGACAGGACGAGGGAGCAAAUCGAGGUCUUCUGUCGCCGCCGGAUGGGCGCGACGCCAGCUGGUCGAAUGGUACUCGUUCACAAGUCCGUCAGAGUGGCCUUCCAGCAUUCGGGCAACCAUAUAUGGUCUGCUAUCGGGAAGGUAGAUGUAACUCAAACGUAUCCAUUCACAAGGCGAUGCAUCCCGAACGAAGCUCUCUGCGGUGGCAGUACCUCGCUGGUCCUUGUGCUUCAGGCUACACUCUGCGAUUGUUUGCUAUCUAACCUCACUUUUCCUUCUAUCAUGCAUGUCCUACUUGACACACCACCUCGACUCGGCCUUUUAGAAGGCUAUACACUAUGGGCGCUAUUAUGCGCGGUGCUGUUGGUCCCUGGUCAGAGCGUGAAAGGUCAUCCUGCUGGAGUCUCGCUCAAUACGCUUGGACGUUCUGUUUCAUGUUUCGAGUUUGGCGCUUGA